UUUUGGAAAAAUCUCUCGUUGGCGCGGUGCUGUGCUCGUCGCAAUCAAUUGAAAAUUGAAAUUAAGGCAAAUCGAAUCGAAGCGAAUCGGUGCGGUGCGCGUGCAGACUGCUUAGAAUUCCUACGUAUUUAAUUGGAUCGGACGAGACCGACGGCCAGAGUCGUGGUCUUAUCAAGCUCAGUGCGUGCAUGCAAAUUUUUGGCAUAAAACAGCCGCGACUUCUUGGGAGGCAGCGCACUAGUCACAGUUCCGCCGGGCCAGCAGCUACUCCAGUCCAGACCCAGAUCCACAUCCAGAUCCAGGUCCACCGCCACUGAACUCGAGCCAACUCAACUCAACUCAACGCAGCCCCAGCCAAGCCAAGCUAAGUCAAGUCACCUGUGGAGAUUUCAUAAUCCCAGCCAGGAAUAUUCCGAUUCCGAACGCGAGUGAAAGUGCGCGAGUGUUGGUGCGGAGGCAAAGAAAAUUCCCCAGUCAAUUGUGUCAGCAGUACACAUCGUCCGGAUCACAGAAGCACAGAGCCACCAUGAGCGGAUACACAGACCUCACCAAGCUGGAGACAAGUCGGAACUGCCUGCGCCGCAUCGCCCGUCACGAUGAGCAGCAGUUCUCCAAAGACAGCAUCGUCAAUGUGAUGGAGAAGUUCGUGAAGACUGUCAACAUUAUGGACGACACCAUACUGGUGCCAUGCAGGCUCAUGGAUCGACAGAUCGGCGACAGCACUGACAUCAUCCCAGCCACCGGCAAGGACUCAACCGCCAACCAGCUGACGCAGAGCUCCAGUGCCCACGGAAAGCGGGGGGCGGCGCACUCGAAGAAUGUGCAAGACUUCCUGAGCGCAUCCGAGCUGUUCAAUCUGUACAACAUGCUGAACUCGCUCAAAAAGGACCUGCUCUGGACCGCCAACCAGGAGGACGAAGAGCAGCGCCCCCAGGAGCAGCUCAGUGCUAGUCCCAACCCCACUUCGAAUUGCAAUCCCAGCGAGAGCAAGACUGAGUCCAGCAGCGGCAGCCCCAGCACAAGUGCCUCGGGCAGCGUGAAGGGCCAUGUGCGCCGCACCUCCACCGCCUCGAUGAUGUCCACCAACUCGGUGAGCAACAUGAGCGACUCGGACUCGGACAUCUCGCAGGAGAACGACUCGGGGCUGGAGUCGGACGGCAACAAGAGCGACAACGCCCAGAGCAGCGACGGCAGCGACAUCGUGGACGUCGCCAAGUCGAAGCAGGGCUCCGGCGACAAGGCCACGGAGCUGGCGCAGCGCUGCCGGCGGCAUCUGAACGGUCUGUACCAGUGCCUGGAACAAAUGACAGAGGCGGCCAACUACCUGACCGCCAGAUACCAAAGUGAUAUUGGGCCCGUCUAGGACGGCCAACUCAACGCCUUCUCGACCCUCUUCUCCUACGCCUCCUACUCCUACACCUACACUUUCACUUCCUUUCGAGCUGGGCGGGGUUAACUUCAUAUUAUAGUCGCGGGCGGGUGCUCACACUCGAUAGUAUCAAGUGCAGCCAGUGUGAGUCUUUCUUUAACUUUAACUAUAUCUGUAUCUGUUUAUCUAUAUGUAUAUGUAACUCGAGGGGGUGCUAAGUAAGACAUAUGAGGAUCGUAUGUGUGCAUGAGGAUUGUAUAAAUGUAUAUCUGAGGAUGAUAAAUAACUGGUAGAUAUAGUAGUGGAUAAAGCAGCGACUAAAGCAACAAAUCAACAAACGUUCUAUUGUAAAAAUUGUAACUUCUUCGUUGUAUCUCUCUUAUGGGUUUUAAGGGGACCGAAACGAAAAACAAUCACAGAAGCCAACCACAUCAAUCCCGAUCAUUCCUUCUGCAUCCGUUGGGGCCCCACUGCGCCCAAGUCAAAAUUGCUCUCCAUAGCGCAGCUGUGGCCCCAACCCAUUUUCCCUCGAUCUGUACAAUUUGGUUUUCGUAUAUAUAUUGGUUAGAUAGCUAUGGGAACUGCAGAAGCAACACUAAAGCAAACAAUGUUCAACAAGUACAAGAAAUCUAAUUUCUAACUAAAUUACGAGUACGAACACGAGAGAAGUGGGAGCGGGGCGAGCGGAGACGGCCUUCCCACUUCGCUCUUAGCCUGUAUGCAAAUUUAUAUAUUCCACAAUUGUUAUUGUAAUUGUUUAAGCCAACUAUUUGUGCCGUUAUGUUUCGUUUGAUGUCCUCCUCGCAGCCGACCAGCGACAUCCAGUGGAUACAGGAGCGGGUUGGGGAUGGCGAUGGUCACCAUGGUCUUCCCAGAUCCCACCGAAUGCCACCCGGAGAGUCGUCCGCGUGUCACUGGUUCGGCAGCGAAGACCGCAGAGCAAACUGUAAAAUUACUAACGUUAAUAGCGCUUGUGCGAGAGCUAAAAGAGAAUUAUUUAUACACAAUAAAUAAAUUUUACUUAGAAAAUAUA